UUUUAACGAUUAGAGGUCACAUUGUCUCCCCAGUCUCAAGAUAGAGUGGUUAUUGGUCACAAGUUCAUAAAAUACCGGCAAAACUACAACAAAACUAAUUUUCUCUAAAUCCGUUAAUAAACUAGGUGUGCUACUAUCCUCAACGGCAAGCCCGAGGGUCAAUCUGCUUCCACAGGUGCUGUAAAGAAAGCCGCAGAAAUGGGACGCAAAUUCGUUGUUGGUGGCAAUUGGAAGAUGAAUGGAAAUAAGGAUCAGAUUGGGCAGAUACUCAACUUUUUGAAAGAUGGGCCCUUAAAUGCCGACACGGAAGUGGUUGUUGGGGUGCCCGCUAUCUAUUUAGAGUUCGUUAAGAAUAAUGCUCCUGGAAACGUCGAAGUCGCAGCUCAAAAUUGUUACAAGGCUGACAAAGGCGCUUUCACAGGGGAAAUUUCUCCACUUAUGCUUAAAGACAUUGGUGUGAACUGGGUCAUCCUGGGCCACUCCGAACGCCGUCAGAUCUUCGGUGAAUCCGAUGAACUGAUUGCUGACAAGGUAGCGUUUGCUUUAGAAAACGGUCUCAAAGUGAUCGCUUGCAUUGGUGAAACUUUGGAUGAACGCGAGGCUGGUAAGACUGAAGAAGUUGUUUUCAGACAAACAAAAGCCAUCGCUGACAAAGUCAAAGAUUGGUCGAACGUAGUCAUUGCCUACGAACCAGUCUGGGCUAUCGGGACGGGUAAAACCGCCACCCCCGAGCAGGCCCAGGAAGUUCACAAAGCCUUGAGGGAUUAUAUUUCCACCUCAAUAAGUGCAGACGUCGCGAGUAGUAUCAGGAUCCAGUACGGUGGUUCUGUCACUGGAGCGAACUGCAAGGAAUUGGGCUCACAGCCCGAUAUCGACGGUUUCCUAGUCGGGGGAGCUUCUUUGAAACCAGAGUUUGUUAGUAUUGUGAACGCGAAACAGUGAAGUACUGGGCGGCAAGUCAGGAGUAGGCCAUCGGCAAAAUUGCGUUAAGAAUAUGCACGUGUAAUGGCAAUGUCUUUAUUAUGAUUUAAAUUUAAUUGUUAAUAUUGAUUUGGAAUUUACUAUAGGAAAGCAAUUUAUCUUGUAAUCGAUUUCUUCGAGUUUUUUUAUUUAUUAAAGAACUUAAAAAAUA